GAAAUAAAGAGGGAAAAAGAGACGAGUCGCCCUGGACGCCCCGGAGCGCCGGAGCCGCCGCUCCUGCCCGCGCCCCCCGCCGAAGGCAAGCGGGCAGCCCGGGCAGCUCCCUCCUCCCGCUGGUGAGAGCUCUGCUUGUUCUGUAAAGUGGAUGUCAGGUGGAUCUAUGUUCUGGAAGGAACAAAGAGGCAGCGAAGGCAGCGCGGGGGAAGUUUGAGCGGCGAGGAUGCAGGCUGUGUACUGGUACGCGGUCCUUCUGCUGCAGCCCACCCUGUACCUGGUUACCUGUGCAAAUUUAACAAAUGGAGGAAAAACAGAACUUCUAAAAUCAGGAAGCUCCAAAUCCACACUAAAGCACAUAUGGACAGAAAGUAGCAAAGACUUGUCCAUCAGCCGACUGCUGUCACAGACUUUUCGUGGAAAGGAAAAUGAUACAGAUUUGGACCUGCGAUACGAUGCACCAGAAACUUAUUCUGAGCAAGAUCUCUGGGACUGGCUAAGGAACUCGACAGACCUGCAAGAGCCUCGGCCCAGAGCAAAGAGAAGGCCCAUUGUCAAGACUGGGAAAUUCAAGAAAAUGUUUGGCUGGGGUGAUUUUCAUUCCAACAUCAAGACUGUGAAGUUAAAUCUGUUAAUAACAGGGAAAAUCGUUGACCAUGGCAAUGGAACGUUUAGUGUUUACUUCAGGCAUAACUCCACUGGUCAAGGGAAUGUAUCCGUGAGCCUAGUGCCCCCUACAAAAAUAGUGGAAUUUGACUUGGCACAACAGACAGUGAUUGAUGCCAAAGAUUCCAAGUCCUUUAACUGUCGAAUCGAGUACGAAAAGGUUGACAAGGCUACCAAGAACACACUCUGCAACUAUGAUCCUUCAAAAACCUGUUAUCAGGAGCAGACCCAGAGCCACGUGUCAUGGCUCUGCUCCAAGCCCUUUAAAGUAAUCUGUAUUUACAUUUCCUUUUAUAGUACAGAUUAUAAACUAGUACAGAAGGUGUGUCCUGAUUACAACUACCACAGUGACACACCCUACUUCCCAUCAGGGUGAGGACCAACACGUGUCUGAGACUGAAGCCUGGGGAAUAAAAAAGGUCAUAUGACAGGGCUGUAACCUCAAGGAGGAAGGCCACACCUAUUGCCUGGAAUGUGUCUACCUGCUGCUGCUGAUGUCAAAUGGCUGCAAAUAUGUUAGUGGAAAACAAUCUAAUGUAAUUUUUGCCCAGUCAGCUCCAUGUAUCAACCUAGUCGUAAAUCACUAUGGAUUUGCAAUAAAACCAUACACAUACACAGAGACACACACACACACUUUUCAGCUCACAUCUAUUGAGAUUCCUGUUAAGAGAUCUUUCAUUGUCUGAAGGUUUCAGGAUAACCUAUCAUCAAGCAAAAUGGAUUAACUAGACAGAGUAUGGUUUCUAACGCAGACUGUUAUGGAAAUCUCUUUGAAAGUCUUUUGAGUACGCACCAAUCAAUAACCCCCACUCGUGCAUUCUACUGCUUGGAGUAGCUGUACUGGUAAAUAAUACUGUAGGAGUAAAUACUUGUUAAAAUGGGAAAAAUGUGUGUCUAGAAUUCAAUAUUCCUUAUUAUAUGAACACAGCAAAGCAUUGUGACUUUUUUCCAGCAUACUGUAGGCACAUUCAAGGUGGUGUUAGGUGGCUCUUUUUCUGUGGAGUGAGCCUGUUACUAGUAAAGAUGGGCAAACAUUUGGAAUUUACAUGUGGGAACAUAUUCUGGUUUCAUGUUUCUCUGACUCUUUAAGCUCUGAUUCUUCAAAUAUGGUUGAGUUUAGGCCAGCUAAGCUACUUAAAAACUCUCCAGCUAAGAAGGUAAAUGCCUGGCAGAGGACAUGUAAGUUAUAAGUGGCUGUCUUAUCUUUAUUACAAAAUAUUGUAACAAAUCCAAUAUCCUGGUCUUCAUUUGUAUGAAUGGUUUGUAUUGUACAUAAUUUAACUGGUGUUAUUUGAGCUGCUUAUUAAUAUUAACUUGUAGUUGUCUCUCUGCUUGUUAUUGGUUAAAAGCAAUCAAGGAAAUGGGGAAUCCAUUUUAUCAAUGUAGCUGUAAACUCCAUUAAGACAGAACUAUGUACAAAGCAUUUAUUCAGCUAAAGUAUUGUUGAAAGCUAUACAUAUACAACAUUACAGUCUGUCUGUAUUUAGAUAUUUUAUUUCCAGAGAAAAAAAUUGAACUGUAUAUAAAAAAUAAAAAAUCUUAAAGUUGAGUUUCAAUAUGUACUGUGUAGACAGUAGUUUAAAUGGUUCUGACAAGCGGACAACACUCCAAGUCUGACAUGGUUUUCUGUCUUGCAAAGAGCAUAUGUACAUAUAUAUAUACAUAUAUUUAUAAAUCUUAGUGUGUGCAUGCUUGUGUGUGUAUAUGAAUGUGUGUGUGUGUGUUGUGCGCAAAUGCAUAUAGGCAUGUAUGUAGAAUAUAUAAAAAUUUCUUGGACCCCAUUCCUAGCAAGCAAUUCUCAUUACUGAAGGGUCUUGCUGCCCUGAGCGGAAGCCUCAACUCAGAUAAGAAACUACAGAGCAGGGCUUUAUUUAAAGUGAUUCAUUGCCAUUUAGAAGUGGGGAAACAUGGAACCACUCUCUAUGUACACAGGCCUGCCUUUGCCUUAACUUCGGCCUCCUCUGAGGUACUGAUCUCUCUUUAUGGAAUGAAGAGACCCCUUUUUACAGUAUGAGAGAAUUUGCUUCUGAUAAACACAAAGCUCAUAGCUUUUAUAUGUAUUUUUAAAUGCAUAGUGACAUACUUUACCCCCAGCAUCCAGAUAAACAGCAACUAUAAUAAAUUCAUGUCUAAAAGAAGGCUGCCCGAAGAAGAACUCAGUAUUCUAUCUUACACCUAUCAAAAUUAUUGUUCCUGGCAAUGCUACCUUCCCUCUUCCACCUUCACUCCCAGGUUCUCUGCUCUUGUGUCAAAGCUGUGAAUGCAGAUAAGAGUCAGUUUCCCAAUACAUACAGCAUCAUGAAUACCUUCUCCAAAGUCCCAAUAAACACUCAGUGUUUCAAGAAGUGAGAAGUUUGAAACAACUUCUGGACCUCUCUUGCUGAAAUGAGCAGAACUUAAAUAAGAAUGAAACCAAGCAAAUGGAUGACAUUAUUGAUAAGUAAAUAAUGCACCAUUGAUGUGCGAGUAGGAGAGGAUACUUCCACAUUAUUAUUGUUUUUCCUCCUUUGAACAUAUGCUUGUGGGAAUCUCUUCAGUAUAUAUGCUAUUUCCCAGAACAAUUUUGUGACCCUGGCUUCUGUGUAAGUUUGGAGAAAGAAAUGGUCCAAGCCAUACAGUCCAGAUUCUGGUCUGAUUCCAGAAUAUGCUGAGAUGCGAUUUGUUUUAUUUAAUUUGAUAGUAGUUGUGAUUUUACUGGUAUUGUUUUUCCUCAUUUGUGCUAUAUGAAAAGUAACUGUUCUUAUUAUAAAAUGUGAAGGAAUUUGUGCUAUGACCAAGAGAAAAAGCUUGGCUCUGUUAAAGUCAAUGGGAAUUUUACUAUUGAGUUUAACAGUAUGUAGAAUUCCAGUGUUAAAUAUGAGUAGCGAACUUAGAAAUCUGUAUUAUGAUUAAGCAUUAUAGGUUUUGUAUUCUCAUUUACAUUUCUGAAAAUGGAUGUGGAAUGCUACUAUUGGUACAGUUCCAUUAUUUUCUUUCUUCUUUAAAGCUUCCCAUAAAUAUAUGAAGUAUAUACAUUCUUAUCACAUGUAUAUUUAUAAACUUUUCAAGUAAGAUCAAUACAAAAAGGAAUUAUUCACCAUGCAAUGGUUUUGAUCAUUUUAAUUGUGGUAACUCGUACUUUACGUGCCUCUGUCACAGUCAUAUUAUUUUCUAGUCUUAAGCCUUUGGAGAACUUGCUAUUCUUCAUAAGAAUUCUUGAGUUUGGACUUGGAAAACUUCUUUUGGUGAUCUGGUUUUGGAAAAGUGAUCUAGUAUAAAAAAUAUGGUGUGUUGCUUAGGUGCUAGUUGAUUGCAACUCAUUUAAUAUCUUUGGGAAGUAUUUUGUGUUUGCUGACUUUGCUAAAGAAUGGUUUUGAUUUUUCCAUCUGAAAAAAGAUUUUUAUGAUUUUUAUGUGUUAAUUCAGUUAAACAAUGUAUGUAUAAGCGUCUGGGUAUUGCACAUAAACAAUGCCUUAACGAAGUGCUAGGCCAGGCAGAUGUUGCCUCACUAUAAUUCUAGGCGUAAUAAAGAUGUAUAUCUCUAAAAAUAUAUUUUUAGGAUUGAGGAGGCUUGAGUUAUUUAUUUUUAAGAAAUUAAGAGACUAAAUUUGAUCACUCUUUUUUCACAUUUAAAGGAUAUAUUCUGUUUUAUUUUCACUAUAUAGAGAAGUCACAAAUAGGGAUAUUUUAAAGAAACCAAUUAUUCCUGGGGCAAAAAUACACAGAUUAUGCACCUGAGCAAAGAUCAGUAUAUUAAAGUUUCCUUGGAUGGGUCAGUGACAGAACUCAAAUGUCAGCUCACGUGCUUUUUGGAGAAGGAACUCAGGAUAUAGGAAACAAGUGUUUUACAUUGCAAAAAUCAAAAUACUUCAGCUUAGGACAGAAAAUAUAUUUUCUUCUCUCCUUAUGAAGUAACUCUUAGAGUUAUAUCUCUUUCUUCUCUUUACCCAAAUUUGCAUGAUAUAAAGUAAAUGAAUAAUUUCAUCUUUACAAAGCCCUUUUCUUUUUAAAAUUCUGAAACAAACGUAUAUUGUCAGAAACUGUUGACAUUUACUAUGGUAAUUUACAAUUAACUACAAAAUAUUUCAAACUCAAUUUAUAGGAGAGAAGAAUGGAAGUCUUGUAGUGUUGUGGUGCAUGUUAGCCUAGAGAUUUUAAGUAAUGCUGCUCAAGGGGUUUAGUCAGAGGGCAUUUUUGCUGUGAUUGAAUCGCUACAUACUUAUGCAUUCUGAAUCCUAUGCUCUAACUUGGAAACCUGUAAGAAUAUCAUAAGCUACUUUGAAAACAAUGUGUUAAAGAAUUAUAGAGAUAAAAGGAUUAAAAAUAUCUGCAAUGUAUACCUUAGGCAUCUGCUCUGAUGAAUUAUUCUUCACCAGAAGAUACUGAACUGCAGUCUUAGCAUCCUAUUGUGUCUUCUAUGUCCAUCUAUCACAGUGGCAGUCAACUUGUGUCAGCUUGCAUCUAGAAAUGAAAGAGAAUCUUGUCUGUAGUGAUCUCUACUUAACUAUUUGUGUAACAUUGCCAGAGACCUCAAAUGGCUUCAUCAAGAAUCUGUCGUGCUAGGAGCUGCAUAAUACAGAAAAGUAUAUAUAAUACCUAUUCAGAAACAUUUUUUUAUGCCAAGAACUCCCACUUUUUAAAACAAUGUACUGCAGAGUUCUUAUAAAUCAUGUGUGUAUAAAUUUGAGUAAUAUUGUUUAUGAAAUUAUUUUUUAAAAAUAUGCACAAUUCUCAAAAAAGCAUUAUUUUUCAAUACUCAUAUAUACAUCAAUGAAAUCCAAGCAAUCCUGACCCUUUGCAUAUCUUCUGAUUCCACUGUAUCAAUUUUCUAAGGUCUUUUGAUGAGUUACCAUUACCAUUUUAAUAUAUAAAUAUGACUAUUUUUUCCAAAAACGUUGACAAUGGAAGAACAGACUUUGGCCUAAUACAAAGUCUUUUACUUUUUUUCCUUCUUUAAUUUUAAACCUCCAAGUGUGAAGUUUACUCAUAAACUCCAUGAAAGGGACUGAUAUAUAGAGGUAUGACAUUAAGUGCACUGGUCUUUAUUUUGUUAGUCAUCUGUAUGUUACUCCCAUUUAGGAAUGCAGGCAGUUAGUAGCAACACAGCUUGUAUGUCAAAGAGACUUAAGGAGAUUCCCAAAUAGGUCAUCCACAACUUACGAACAAUUAAUGAAAACUUCUGGUUGAUCAACGUCAAUGUGUAAC